CAAGCCCUCAGAAACUCUAAUUCCACGACUCUCCCCUGCCUAUAGUGCCACGCUAGGAGUAGGUGUCCUUCCUUCAAGUAAUCAGCCCUAAGAUGAACAAUGGCCACUGGACACAAAUUCCAUGACGUCUACAUUGACGGACACGCCAAAGCUCAACUCGGAGAUACAUACCAUAUCGGACUAGACAAUCCUCUUAGUUGUCUACAGUAUGCCGAAGGCGCAGCAUUCAACUCAUACUUAAAGCAACACGAGCCCACAUGCCUCCCUAAUACGCGUGUAAACCUCCUCGGCGAGAUAUACCGCUGGGCUGACGGACAAGAUGAGCGUUGCAUCUUCUGGCUGAACGGCUUAGCCGGCACGGGAAAGUCAACAAUUGCGCGCACUGUUGCCGAUAGAUUCGACAAACAAGAGCGUCUCGGGGCUAGCUUCUUCUUCUCACGAGGCGGUGGAGACGUUGGCCGAGCAGAAAAGUUUGUCACAAGCAUAGCCAUCCAGCUUGCUGAAAAAGUGCCAGGUUUAUACCAACACAUCUGUGACUCUCUUAAAGCGCAUAGCAACAUCGUCAGUCAAUCUCUCCGAGACCAAUGGGAUCAUCUUGUCCUUGGUCCAUUAUCGAAGCUAGGCAGCAACGGCAGACCAUCCUCAUACGUCUUGGUGGUCGAUGCGCUUGACGAGUGCGACGACGACAACAACACCCGGGCCAUUGUGAAGCUCUUAGCUGAAGCUCAAUCGUUGAAGACAGUCCGGCUACGCGUGUUUCUAACGAGCAGGCCAGAAAUCCCAAUUCAAUCUGGGUUCCACCAAGUCCCAGACGCAGAGCACUGGGACCUUGUACUCCACAACAUAUCGCCGUCAAUUGUUGACCAGGACAUCUAUGUCUUCCUGGAAUAUAAUCUUGGACAUAUUGGGCAGGAACGCGGCUUAGAUCCUGGUUGGCCUGGCAAAGACAUCGUUACGCGUUUAGUUCACAAUGCAAGCGGUCUGUUUAUCUGGGCCGCAACCGCCUGUCGGUUUAUUUGCGAAGGGAAGCGGUUUGCAGUUAAAAGACUUGAUACGUUGAUUCACAGCAGCAGUAAAGCUUCCACGGCUCCAGAGAAGCAUCUAAACGUCAUAUAUAUUACUGUUCUCAAACAGUCAAUACACUCCAGCUUCACGGAUGAAGAGAGAGAAGACCAGUAUAGAACGCUAAAACGUACUCUUGGAAGUGUAGUGGUCUUGUUCACCCCUCUCUCUGUUACCUCUUUAAGUAGACUUCUAGAUAUUCCAAAACAGGACGUCUACCAGACAUUAGAGGAUUUGCGUGCUAUUCUUGAUAUUCCAGAGGACCAAAGCCGCCCGCUUCGCUUGCAUCAUCCUUCCUUCCGGGACUUCCUCCUUAACAAAGAGAGGUGCGACGAUCCCAACUUCUGGGUGGAGGGGACGCAAGCCCAUCAGAUGCUGGCUGAUCGUUGUGUGCAACUCCUUUCAACCUCUCUCAAGCAAGACAUCUGUGGCGUUAGUGCUCCUGGUGCGCUUGUAGCUGACGUAGAAAGGAGUCGAGUGGAUCAAUGUCUUUCCACAGAGGUUCAGUACGCAUGUCUCUAUUGGAUAAAGCAUCUACAGAAGAACAGUACUCAGCUUAACGACAACGACAAAGUACAUUGUUUCCUGAAGCAGCAUUUCCUCCACUGGCUUGAGGCACUCGCGUGGAUGAGGAAGGUUCCUGAGGGAGUCUACGCAAUUAAUUGUCUAGAGUCUAUGACAGCGCUUUCUAGAUUUGUUCAUGACAUAAAGCGAUUUACCCUGUACAGCCGGUCAGCAAUUGAGCAGGCACCACUUCAAACGUAUUGCAGUGCGCUUGUUUUUGCACCGGAGACGAGUAUAGUAAAAACGCAGUUUAUAGAGUGCGCGUCUCAAUGGGUGCGAAGAUUGCCAAAGGUAGAUCAAAAUUGGAAUGCACUGCUGCAGACGCUCGAGGGUCAUGCGGGUUCGGUCACGGCCAUAGCCUUCUCGCCGGACGGCAAGCAGCUAGCGUCGGCCUCAGACGACAAGAUGGUCAAGCUGUGGGAUACCGGGUCAGGCGCGCUGCUUCAGACGCUCGAGGGUCAUACAGAUCCGGUCAGGGCCAUAGUCUUCUCGCCAGACGGCGAGCAGCUGGCAUCGGCCUCAGACGACAAGAUGGUCAAGCUGUGGGAUGCCGGGUCAGGCGCGCUGCUGCAGACGCUUGAGGGUCAUACGGAUUGGGUCUGGGCCAUAGCAUUCUCGCCGGAUGGCAAGCAGCUGGCGUCGGCCUCAUACGACAAGAUGGUCAAGCUGUGGGAUGCUGGGUCAGGUGUACUGCUCCAGACGCUCGAGAAGGGUCAUACAGGUUCGGUCACGGCCAUAGCCUUCUCGCCAGACGGCAAGCAGCUGGCGUCGGCCUCGGGGGACAAUAUGGUCAAGUUGUGGGAUGCCGGGUCAGGCGCACUGCUGCAGACGCUUGACGGUCAUACGAAUUGGGUCAGGGCCAUAGCCUUCUCGCCGGACGGCAAGCAGCUAGCGUCGGCCUCAGACGACAGUGUGGUCAAGCUGUGGGAUUCCAGAUCAGGAGCGCUGCUGCAGAUUCUCGAGGGCCAUACGGGUUUGGUCUGGGCCAUAGCCUUCUCGCCGGAUGGCAAGCAGCUGGUGUCGGCCUCGGGGGACAAGAUGGUCAAGCUGUGGGAUGCUGGGUCAGGCACGCCGGGCGGCCUGCAGACGCUCGAGGGUCAUACGGAUUGGGUCAGGGCCAUAGCAUUCUCGCCCGAUGGCAAGCAGCUGGCGUCGGCCUCAUACGACAAGAUGGUCAAGCUGUGGGAUACCUUGUCAGGCACACUGCUGCAGACACUCGAGGGUCAUACGGGUCCGGUCACGGCCAUAGCCUUCUCGCCGGACGGCAAGCAGCUGGCAUCGGCCUCAGACGACAAGAUGGUCAAGCUGUGGGAUGCUGGGUCAGGCGUACUGCUGCAGACGCUCGAGGGUCAUACGGAUCCGAUCAGGGCCAUAGUCUUCUCGCCAGACGGCAAGCAGCUGGCGUCGGCCUCGGGGGACAAUAUGGUCAAGCUGUGGGAUGCUGGGUCAGGCGCACUGCUUCAGACGCUCGAGGGUCAUACGAAUUGGGUCUGGGCCAUAGCCUUCUCGCCGGAUGGCAAGCAACUAGCGUCGGCCUCGGGGGACAAGAUGGUCAAGCUGUGGGAUGCCGGGUCAGGAGCGCUACUGCAGACGCUCGAGGGUCAUACGAAUUGGGUCAGGGCCAUAGCCUUCUCGCCGGAUGGCAAGCAGUUGGCGUCGGUCUCAGGGGAUAAUAUGGUCAAGCUGUGGGAUGUCGGGUCAGGCGCGCUGCUGCAGACGCUCGAGGUUGCCGCUUCCAUCUCAACUCUUUCUUUCUCCGAUGACGGCACUUCUUUCCAGACUAACAUAGGACCAUUGCCUAUCUUAAGAUCUUUCCCAAGUGGUACAGCUGUUGACCAGGUGCAGCCUUCAUCUUCUAUCUUGGUGGAUGAUCAAUGGGUUACUCGCCAUACUGAGCGGAUUCUUUGGCUUCCUCUUGAGUACCGGCCAAGCACCUCUGCUGUUCAAGGGAGUAUUCUUGGUUUUGGGUCUGCGUCUGGAAGAGUCACAAUCAUGGAAUUUACUUCCUGA